GGCUGGAUCCUGGGAAGGGGGUGGGGGACCCUCCACUCUUUGCAGACGCACACGCCUCUGGAAGCACGGGGCGGUAGCGCGGCGGGCCAGAGAUGCAGCCAAGUCCCGGGACGUGUCAGCUGCGGGCCCCUCUGAAGCGGUCCAGGAUCCUCCACAUGGCGCUGACCGGGGCCUCCGAUGCCUCUGGAGAGGCAGAGGCCAGCGGGGAGAAGCCCUUUCUACUGCGGGCAUUGCAGAUCGCACUGGUGGUCUCUCUCUACUGGGUCAUCUCCAUCUCCAUGGUGUUCCUUAACAAGUACCUGCUGGACAGCCCCUCCCUGCGGCUGGACGCCCCCAUCUUUGUCACAUUCUACCAGUGCCUGGUGACCACACUGCUGUGCAAGGGCCUCAGCACACUGGCCAUCUGCUGCCCUGGUACCCUGGACUUCCCCACUCUGCACCUGGACCUCAGGGUGGCCCGCAGCGUCCUACCCUUGUCAGCCGUCUUCAUUGGCAUGAUCACCUUCAAUAACCUCUGCCUCAAGUAUGUCGGUGUGGCCUUCUACAAUGUGGGCCGCUCACUCACCACCGUCUUCAACGUGCUGCUCUCCUACCUGCUGCUCAAGCAGACCACCUCCUUCUAUGCCCUGCUCACCUGCAGCAUCAUCAUCGGUGGCUUCUGGCUGGGUGUGGACCAGGAGGGGGCAGAGGGCACCCUGUCCUUGAUGGGCACACUCUUUGGGGUGCUGGCCAGCCUCUGCGUCUCGCUCAAUGCCAUCUACACCAAGAAGGUGCUCUCAGCAGUGGACGGCAGCAUCUGGCGCCUGACCUUCUACAACAACGUCAAUGCCUGUGUCCUCUUCCUGCCCCUGCUGCUGCUGCUCGGGGAGCUGCGGGCCCUGUGGGACUUUGCCCAGCUGGGCAGUGCCCACUUCUGGGGGAUGAUGACACUGGGCGGCCUGUUUGGCUUUGCCAUCGGCUACGUGACGGGACUGCAGAUCAAGUUCACCAGUCCCCUGACCCACAACGUGUCGGGCACCGCCAAGGCCUGUGCCCAGACGGUGCUGGCCGUCCUCUACUACGAGGAGACCAAGAGCUUCCUCUGGUGGACGAGCAACAUGAUGGUGCUGGGAGGCUCCUCCGCCUACACCUGGGUCCGGGGCUGGGAGAUGAAGAAGACUCAGGAGGAGCCCAGCCCCAAAGAGGGUGAGAAGAGCCCCUUGGCCGUGUGAGCUGCUUCCAGGACCCUGGAUGGCCUGGCCCUGGGGGGAAUGCUCAGGUGGGAUCAGCGCAGCAAUGAAGGCUGUCCGCGUGGACCCAGAAAGGGGUGGCGUGUUGUGGCCUGCGUAUUGCGUACAGACCUGAUCAGAAUGUGGUGGCUGAAAAGGAACCAGUAUUUUCAAGUAAUAUCAGACAGUUGCCACAACUUUCUUUGCCCUCUUCCUAUUUCUGGGUGUUUGUCCUUCCUUAGGGAUCACCCUCGAGGGAGUGGCACCCCUUCCUGCCCCACCCAGGGCCUGCCUACCUCCACAUCACCCUGGGGUGGGGGAUGGGCUGCAGCUUUGAAGGGACAGUAUUGGUAUAGCCGUGAGGUCUCCACUUACACUCAGGGGAGAUGGGGACGUGACCCCACCACAGCCAACUGAGGGGUUGGGAAACCUUACCCAACAACAGGCCCCCUCCAGAGGAGCACUCAGUCCCUCUGAGACCAGCAGCCCUGGGGCUGCUGGGAAGUGGCCUGGAAACGGGGGGAUCAUGAGAACAUGCGGAUCAUGAGAACGUGCCCACCGCCUGCACGCCGCAUUUCCAGCUUUUGAGCAUGGGGAACCACACAGUCUUACAGGUUAAGCAGGGUCAUUAACAGCCUCCCCCACCCCCUGACACUAGAUUUACCUGCCUGGCUUCUCUGCCCCUGAGGGGCAACUGCCUCUCUGGCCUCCCAGCACCUGGCUCAGGUAACAGCCCUCUGAAAAUGGAGCCAGGCAGCUGCUUCUCCCCUCUCCCCAUUCUGCCUCCCCCAAAGCCUUCAUCCCCGAGCCAGGCUGAUGGAGCAAGGGUCAGGGGCUCAGAGCCUCCCGCCUCAGCUGGGCCCGGCCCCCAGAUCCCUGCCGGGGGGUGUUAGAACCAGACUCUGAGCCUCUUCCCUUCUGAAGGUGAUAAACACAUUGACAUUCUUCCCUGAAGCUGGGGCUGCAAGAACCUGCUUGUCCCCAGUCUUGGUCUUAGUUUAUCGGGCUCCUAUAGCAAAAUACCGUAGACUGGGUGGCUUAUAAACAACAGAAAUGUAUUUCUCACAGUUCUGGAGGCUGGGAAGUCCAAGGUCAAAGCACCAGCAGAUUUGGAGUUUGCUGAGGGCCUGUUGCCUGAUUCAUAGAUGGUGCCUUCUUGCUGUGUAGAAGCACAAAUGAGCUCCCUCCGCCCUCUUUUAUAAGGGCACUAAUCCCAUGACUUAAUCACCUCCAAAGGCCCCACCUCCCCAUACCAUCACCUUGGGGGUGAGGAUUCCAGCAUAUGAAUUUGGGGAGACACAAACACUCAGACCAUAGCACUCCCUCACCACGAUCUCCUGGCCUCAGGGUGGCUUUCACUCUCCCUGUCCCUUCCUGUGGGCAUUUUGUACCUCCUUUCUCCUCGGGGUGAUUUGUGAUGUUUUUAGUCCCUAUAAUGAAAAGCUGGGGAGACUGGUUCUUCUCCCCACUCCCCUUCCAGCCCCACACCAUCCCAGGUUGUUUCUAACGCGGUUAGCGGGGCCUGAUGCCCUGCAUUGUGUGAUGUAAUAAAGAACCGAGUGAGACA